AUGCCCACGCCGCCAAGGAAAACCCGGCUCCUACGGGUGCCCAUGGAGGCGCGAGGCAUCGGCGCCAUCCUGAAAGUUCGCCGCUGGGACGCAUCAGGCCCGCUUUGGAGCAGCGGCGAGAUCACUCCCGCCCAUCUGGGGCUGUUCCGCGAAAUGGGCUCAGCAACCGAUAAACCCCUGCACUCCUUCUCAGAGGAGGUACUUCCCGUGAAGCAGAAGAGCGAUGCUGGCGUUGCGGGAUCGAAGCCCAGCACAAGUGGGAUGGUGGCAGUGAAGGGGGGUCCCUUCGAAUUCCGGGUGGUGGGCUCGAUAAUCGAAGACACCUACCACCACGGCAAGAAUUUUGUGAAGCUCGGGGUGGAUGUGCAGUACGAAUGGGAAGAUGUGCCGGUGAAGUAUCACAAGGCACACAACAUAACCAUCAAGGACUUGUGGGUGGACAAGCAUCCAGUGACCAAUGAGCAGUAUGCUGCCUUCCUAAGGGAGAGCUCCUUCGCACCGGCAGGCAAAGACUAUGAGAACUUCCUGAAGCACUGGCGUUGCCCUAAACCUGACUGCCUGGAUGCAAGCCUUGCCAAGCAGCCCGUGGUCUUCGUCAGCCACUGGGAUGCGGAACAGUACUGUGUGCACUAUGGGAAACGGCUGCCACGCGAGUGGGAAUGGCAGUAUGUCGCGCAGGCCGGGGACCCGGAGAGGAGCUACCCCUGGGGCCAGUGGUGGUGGCCCGAUGCCAUGCCACCGGCCCAGGCCAACGCCAGCGCUUUUCACCUGGGCGACGUGGGACGCUUCCCAAAUGGAUCCAGCAAGGAUGGCGUGGAGGACUUGGUCGGCUUGGUCUGGCAAUGGACUGCUGACAUGUAUUCCGACCCCUACAACAGGGCAGUCAUCCUCAGAGGAGGCUCGGUGUUCCAGCCCAAUGCCCAUGGAGCGCAGCAGAAGCGCUACCAGCCUUGGUACUUUCCGGGGCGUGCUGCUGCAGGAGAGUGGAAUGCCAAGUGGACGGGGGACUACUACUUUGGGCCGAAGGACUACGCCAGUUUGUACCGCAACACCGUCCACGCCAAGUAUCUGCUGAUGACUCCCUCAUUGGAUCGUGCUGGGACUAUCGGCUUCCGAUGCGUUGCUGACAAGUAG